AUGGGGCGGCCGUCGUGGGGGCCGUGCCGGUCGGCUCUUCCUAGCCCGCGCUGUUUGCCGUUCGCUUCUGCUCUGGACUCCCCGCAACGCUCGGCCGUGGCAAGGCGUGCGGGGCUCCGGCACCGGCACGCGUGCCCCGGUCGCCGGCCAGCUCCGUGCUGCGCUCGUCUCGCUCCCGUUUCGCUUCCUUGCGGGUUCGAGGUGCCCUCCCCCUCCGCCGCAGGCCGCGGGCCGGCGCGGGCAGCCGCGCGCGGGCCCGGGCGUGGGGUCCCGACCGGCCCUGGCGGGUGUCCGUUGGACUGCUCGCGAUUUUGGCGCCCCCCGCCGCCCCCGCUCCGCAUCUCGCGCUGGCUCCCUCCCCCCUCGGCCCCCGGCACCGCUGCCCCGCCCUCCGUCGACUCUGCUCCCCUGUCUGCGACAGUGCGCUCUGACCCCCCCCCCUACUCGGCGCUGGCCCCUACGGUGGCCCUGCGCUUCCGCCCCGCCAUCCGUGGCCCCUCUGGGUCGCGGGCCAGGCUCGGUGGCUUCGCGGUCCCGGCGGUUCUGCAUUGCCCUGCUGCCCGGCGCCGCCACGUCCGGCGUGUGGGGCGCGGCCGGCGCAGCGCCGCGGGCGCCGCCGGGGGCCGGGUGCGGCGGGGCACACGGAAGGCUGGCCGCUGUGGUACUGCCGUAGUCGGGAGCCCCGCGGGCGCUCGUCCUGCCGCGCGGCCCGGGUUUCCUCGCUUGGGGAGCCGCCGGUGGCGCUUCCGCGGGUUCUGGCGCGCUCCCGCUCAACUCUCGUUUGGUGGCCGGGCGCGGGCUUGGCUAUCGUCCCGGGCGGUCGUUGCGUCCGCCCCCCCCCCGCGCCGCCUUCGCCGAACUCGUCCGUCUCGUGCUCCCCCACGCUCGGCCCUCGCAGCCGGGCUGUCGGGCCUCGUUGUGCCCCUGUUCCGGGCGUCCGCUCGCGUCGCCGGCCCCUUCGGCCCGGUGCCCCCCUACCGGGCCGCCCCGCCCCCUCUAGCCCGCCGCCCGGGCAUCUUGGACGCUGCUCCCCCUGUCCCGGGCCUCCACUCCGUCCCUCCCCCCGCGUCGGUGGCGGCCCUGACCCGCCGUCGCCCCCGGCCCCCCUCUGGCGCCCCCUUCCGGCCCCCCUCCGUCGUGGCCUUCCCCCUCCACCCCACUCUCCCCAUGCCGCCUGCCGGGUCCGGGGCCGCCUCGCCCCCCCGGCCCACCUCCGCCGGGCCUCCGCGCGUCGGGGCGGGCGGCUCGCCCCGGCACUUCCGCCGCGGGCGCUCCGCCCCCACCCCUGCCCGUCCUCGCCGCCGCGGCUCCCCGGUCCCCGGCCCGCGCCGGCCGAGGGCCCGUCCGCCCGAUCGCUCGCGGCCCCUCCCGCGCGUUUCCGUCCCGGCUUCGGUGGGUCGCCUCCGCCGCGCGCGGCUCCCCCCCUUGCGCGGGGAGGGGCCGCGCGGCGCGCGGCGGGGCUACCGGGGGCGCGACCCGGGCCUAGGUCGGGGGGGGCGUGUCGUCAGGUCUCCCCGCUUCCCCCCGCGGGCGUUCCCCCCGCUGGGGCCGGGCCGCCCCGGGCGCCUUGGCUGGCGCGCUGUCCGCCUUCGCCCCCGCCGCGCGCCGCGAGGCAGGCCUCGCCCGUCGCAGGCGGCCCGCGUGCGUCGGCUUCUGCUCUCCCCUCCCCCCGCCCGUCAGAGCCCACCCGGCGUCGCCCUGGCGCGGCCUGCCCGCUUCCGUCAGGUCGGUGUCCCCCCCCCCAUGCCGCUCCCGCCGGGGUUCGCUCGGCGGCCCGGCGCACGUGGCUGGGUGACGUGGGGCGCCCGUCGUGCGCGAGCGGGCUGCCCCUAG